AGGCAGAAAUAGACUUUCACAAAACACAUCGACACUUCGAAUGAGCAAGAAGUUUAUCGAACUGGGUGAUCCUGUCACUCAAGACGAGAAAGACUACGAAGACUAUGUCGGAGUUGGUUUCGCGCAUCAAGUCCCGACAAUGAAAAGGCGGAAGUUGACAGAACAUGGAAAUACUACAGAAUCAAAAGAAGAUCCUGAAGAGCCAAAAAGCCGUGACGUAUUUGUCUCCUCGCAGUCAAGUGAUGAGAGUCAAGAAGAUUCGGCUGAAAAUCCGGAGAUCGCUAAAGAAGUGUCAGAAAAUUGUGAAAAUCUGACAGAAACUCUCAAAAUUUCUAAUAUUGAGAGUUUGGACAAUGUUACUGAAAGAUCUGAACACACUCUUGAUAAUCACAAAAGUACUGAACCAAUGGAAGAAGAUGUAAACAACAAGUCCAAUAUUGACGUUGCGAUUAAUUCUGACGAGGAUGAUGAACUUGUUCUGGAAGAGAAUAAUAAAGAAAUGAGGGAUGGAGAACAAGUACAACAGUUGUCACAGGAUUUAUUCGCUGAUGAUCAAGAGCUAAUUGAAUAUCCAGGAAUUAUGAAAGACACUACAACUCAACUGGAUAUAACAGAUUCUGAAGUGGAGACUGCUCAAAAAAUGGAAAUGAUUGAAGAAACUGAAGCAGAUUCGACAUUUGUAGGCGAGGAUUCAAAAAAUCAGCGGCAAAGUGGCACUACUAGUGACGAAGUUGACGCAGAUUCUCAGAUUAAUUUGGCUACGAAAACUGUGAGGACAUCCAGUUCAAGUUUCCUGUCAACUGUUUCAACAUGCGAAGCCCCUGCAAAAGGACGAGCAAGAAUGUAUCAAAAAGAGUUGGAAAAGCAUGUGAUUGCAUUUACUGAGGGAAAUCUCACACUACAACCAGAUUUGAACAAAGUUGAUCCCGACAGAAACUAUCGAUAUUGUACAAUUCCGAACUUUCCAGCUUCCCAAGGAAAACUUCGAGAAGAUAAUCGAUAUGGCCCAAAAAUCGUUUUGCCUCAAAGAUGGCGAGAAUUUGAUUCGAGGGGCCGUAGAAGAGACUCAUAUUUCUAUUUCAAACGUAAGCUCGAUGGAUAUUUGAAAUGCUACAAAACAACUGGAUAUUUUAUGUUUGUUGGACUUUUGCACAACAUGUGGGAAUUUGACCCAGACAUCACAUAUAAACUGCCAGCACUGGAAAUGUAUUACAAAGAGAUGUCGGAACUUGUUGGUAGAGAAGAGGUUUUGGAAAAAUUUGCACGAGUUGCCCGCAUCGCAAAAACUGCUGAAGAUAUUCUGCCAGAGCGAAUUUAUCGUCUUGUUGGUGACGUCGAAUCAGCUACCUUGAGCCACAAGCAAUGUGCUGCACUUGUUGCGAGAAUGUUUUUUGCCCGACCGGACAGUCCUUUCAGUUUCUGCCGAAUUCUCUCGUCUGAUAAAUCUAUUUGUGUGGAGAAACUUAAAUUCCUGUUCACUUAUUUCGACAAAAUGUCAAUGGAUCCACCGGAUGGUGCCGUCAGUUUUAGACUUACAAAAAUGGAUAAAGAUACGUUCAACGAAGAGUGGAAAGAUAAAAAAUUACGUUCUCUUCCUGAAGUUGAAUUCUUUGAUGAAAUGCUUAUUGAAGACACAGCUCUCUGUACACAAGUUGAUUUUGCGAACGAACAUCUUGGUGGCGGAGUUUUAAAUCAUGGGUCUGUUCAGGAGGAGAUCCGUUUCUUGAUGUGUCCAGAAAUGAUGGUUGGAAUGUUGUUGUGCGAGAAAAUGAAACAACUGGAAGCGAUUUCAAUUGUUGGAGCUUACGUUUUCAGUUCUUAUACUGGUUAUGGUCAUACUCUAAAAUGGGCAGAACUUCAACCAAAUCAUUCUCGUCAGAAUACAAACGAAUUUCGAGAUCGUUUUGGACGUCUUCGGGUAGAAACUAUUGCAAUCGAUGCAAUUCUGUUCAAAGGAUCAAAAUUAGAUUGUCAGACGGAGCAGUUAAACAAAGCAAAUAUCAUUAGGGAAAUGAAGAAAGCAUCUAUCGGAUUCAUGAGCCAGGGACCGAAAUUCACAAAUAUUCCAAUUGUUACUGGAUGGUGGGGAUGUGGAGCAUUUAAUGGGGACAAGCCACUGAAGUUCAUAAUCCAAGUAAUUGCUGCCGGAGUCGCUGAUCGUCCACUUCAUUUCUGUUCAUUUGGAGAACCCGAGCUUGCCGCAAAGUGCAAGAAAAUUAUAGAACGAAUGAAACAGAAGGACGUAACACUUGGCAUGCUAUUCAGUAUGAUAAACAACACCGGCUUGCCACAUAAGCACUUUGAAUUCUACGUCUUCGAUAGAAUUUCUACUUAUCUCAGUAGUUCGGAAGAUGUUGAGUCUUCGAAAUCAUCACCUUCAGUAUCCCGAGCAUAAUUCGAAUCGCCCACACGGCCAUAAAGACCGGUUCCUUUCGAUUAAAUUCUGUUAAAUAUGCAUGCUCCGUCUUUAAAAAAUCAGUCCCCGUAUUUUAAACGUUUUGAUUUUAAUGUUCAUAUUAUUAUCCGAAAUUAGUAUACUCGCCGUCAUGAAAGCCCGAGAUAUCUAGUUCGCAAGUCAGAAAUUUUUCGGAGCAUCGUCGUGAUAUAUGAAUAAAUACAUUCCUGUUU